AUGAAUGAAGCCAACCCAGUUGUUUUCCCUACUGACUACAAAGGAGCAAUAACCUCUAUUACAGGAAGAGAAAAACCUGAUGUUGCUAUUUAUAGAGGUAUUGUGGGAAAUUUGAUAUAUCUAUCCCAUACCAGACCUGAUCUAAGUUUUCUGGUGAAUCUUCUCUCACGCUACAUGAGUCAACCAACUUCAGCACAUUUGGCAGCUGCUAAACGAGCCCUCAAGUAUGUGAAAGGCACAAUGGACUUGGGUCUGUUCUUCCCUGCAACAGGCGACAACGAAAGCUUCACAAAUUUAGAAGGAUACUCGGACAGUGAUUAUGCAGGGGCAGAGGAUGCAAAAAGUACUUCUGGUUAUAUCUUUUACCUCAACAACGCUCCUUUCUCCUGGAGCACAAAGAAACAAGAUGUUGUGGCACAAUCAACGGCGGAAGCGGAAUUCAUUGCGGCAGCUCUCGCUAGAAAUCAAUGUACAUGGAUACGACAAUUGCUAUCAGACAUUGGUUUCACACCAGAGGCAGCAACACCUUUGAUGAUUGACAACCAAGCUGCCAUAGCAAUUGCAAAGGAUCCUACUCACUUUAGUUGA